AUCCUUGGCUGGGGUGGGAGCGGGGAGCGCGGGGGAGGGGGCCAGGUCUGAGGGAAACCCGUCCGAACCAACGCGCAAAGCAGGGACUACAUUUCCCAAGGGGCCUCGGCAGCUGCAGCGGCGGCGGCGGCGGCGGGCGCGGCAACGUCCCCCGGAAGUGGAGCUCGGGACUUCCACUCGUGCGUGAGGCGAGCGGAGCCGGAGACGAGAGCUGAGGCCGAACUCGGGAUUUGACAAGAUGGCCGGGCUGCCCCGCAGGAUCAUUAAGGAAACCCAGCGCUUGCUGGCAGAACCAGUUCCUGGCAUUAAAGCAGAACCAGAUGAGAGCAACGCCCGUUAUUUUCAUGUGGUUAUUGCUGGCCCUCAGGAUUCCCCCUUUGAGGGAGGGACUUUUAAACUUGAACUAUUCCUUCCAGAAGAAUACCCAAUGGCAGCACCUAAAGUACGUUUCAUGACCAAAAUUUAUCAUCCUAAUGUAGACAAGUUGGGAAGAAUAUGUUUAGAUAUUUUGAAAGAUAAAUGGUCCCCAGCACUGCAGAUCCGCACAGUUCUGCUAUCCAUCCAGGCUUUGUUAAGUGCUCCUAAUCCAGACGAUCCAUUAGCAAAUGAUGUAGCGGAGCAGUGGAAGACCAAUGAAGCCCAAGCCAUAGAAACAGCUAGAGCAUGGACUAGGCUAUAUGCCAUGAAUAAUAUUUAAGUCGAUCUGAUCAUCCAAUGUGCAUCACUUCUCCUGUUCUGCCAAGACUUCUUCCUUUUUUGUUUGCAUUUAAUGGACACAGUCUUAGAAACAUUACAGAAUAAAAGCCAAGCCAGACAUCUUCAGUACUUUGGUGAUUAAAUGCACAUGCACAUUAGCAAAUUUAUGUCUUGUCCUGAUUCACUGUUGUUAAGCAUGAGCAGAGGCUAGAAGUACCAUCUGGAUUGUUGCAAAACGUAUAAAAGCAGUGGCUCUCUGCUUUUAUCCAUUUUCCCCAUCAUGGUUUAAGUAUAAAGCACUGUGAAUGAAGGUAGUUGUCAAGGUUAGCUGCAGGGGUUUGGGUGUUUUUCAUUCUUUUUUUUUUUUUAAGGGGGAAAGUAGUUUUAUUUUAAUUUUAUGGGAUCCUUUCCCCCCCUUUAUGGGAAUCUAAUUGUAUUGGUUAAAAGCAGCUAACCAGUUCUUUAGAAUACACUCUCUAGCCAAGUCUAACUUUAAACACCAUAGAUGGACAAGCUCAAUUGUUUGAACCAACAUGGGAAUAUUAAACAUCAUAGCCCUCACUAAUAUCAUUGUGACUUUGCUGUCAAGUGUAGAUUUUCUCCCUUCAAAAAAAGCUUGUGACCAUUUUGUAUGGCUUGUCUGGAAACUUCUGUAAAUCUUAUGUUUUAGUAAAAUAUUUUUUGUUAUUCUA